UUGCUAUCACACUUCCAAGACAACAACAUGAAGGUCUUCGUUCUCGCUGCAUUGAUCGCCGUCGUUGCCUCCCAGGGUUACCCCAAGCCACAGUACCCUAAGCCCCAGUACCCGAAACCGCAAUAUCCCACUCCGGCAUACCCUGCACCUUCAUACCCUACUCCGGCGUACAAAGCUCCAGCCUACCCUGCACCAGCUUAUCCUUCUCCGGCUUAUGCCAAAACUCCGGAAUACGCUCCUAUGCCAUACAACUUCAACUGGGCCGUUAAGGACGAUCCCUCCUAUAACGAUUACGCACACCAAGAGACCGCUGAUGACAAGGGAUACGUGACCGGUUCUUACCGCACUCUUCUUCCUGAUGGUCGCACUCAGAUCGUCGACUACAAAGCCGAUGACUACACCGGUUACGUAGCCGACGUCAAGUACGACGGAGAGGCCAAGGAAUACAAGCCAGCUAACAAACCCGCUAGUUAUCCAAGCCCAUCGUACCCAAGUCCAACUUACCCAAGCCCUGCUUAUUCUGCUCCCAAAUAUCCAAGCUCAUCAUAUCCUCGCCCAGCCUACCCAUCACCUAAGUAUCCAUCCAAGUAUUAAAUGAACUUGCCUGAUCAAAA